GUCCACCUCCCCUCCAGGCUCCAGAACUCCCGAACCUCUCUGCUAUCUUCGCUUUUAACCCCAUCGAUGCUUCCCAGUAAGCUACACGCUCACCCGCCUCGUCCUUCCAUGGCCGAUCCCAACCUCCAGGCCGAGGUCCUGACCGCGUCAGUGCGGGUCAACGGCACCGAGGCGGAGGCAACGCUCAGGGGCGGCGAGCUGACGUGGCGCCCCGCCGACACCGGCGGCGGCGGAGAGGGGCAGGAGCGGGGGCUGGAGCUGGAGUCGGAGGUGCUCGGGUGCCGGGUGGACGGGAGGAAGCUCAAACUCGCGACCUUUACCGCGAGCGGCGGCGGUGAUGGGAAAGGGGGAGGAGGGGAUGGGAAUCGGAGGAGAGAGGAGGUCGUGGUGGAGAUGGAGACCGAGGAUGCCGCGCUGCGCUGGGGGGACAUCAUCAGGGAUUGCCUCGCUUCGCUCGGUAUUCCUCCUGCAAUAUUGCCACAGGCCGGCCAAAGAAAUUGUUCAUUAUAGUGAACCCUUAUGGUGGAAAGAGAAGUGGAAGGAGUAUUUUCCAGAAUGAAGUCCUCCCCCUCAUUGAAGCUUCUGGCGUGCUUUAUACGAUGCAAGAAACCAAGCAUCGGCUUCAUGCUCAAGAGAUCGCACGUUCACUUGAUCUUAGGAAGUAUGAUGGCAUCAUUUGUGUCAGUGGAGAUGGUGUGAUGGUAGAGGUUGUCAAUGGUCUCCUGCAGAGGGAGGACUGGGAAACAGCAAUAAAAGUGCCCCUUGGGAUCGUUCCGGCAGGUACUGGAAAUGGAAUGGCACGAUCUCUAUUGCAUGCUGCUGGUGAACCAUUCUCUGUAUCUAAUGCUGUGUUUGCAAUCAUCAGAGGUCAUAAACGUGCACUUGAUGUUACUUCUGUUGUGCAGGGAAACACAAGGUUCUUUAGUGUCCUGAUGCUUACAUGGGGUCUGGUGGCUGAUGUUGAUAUUGAAUCGGAGAAGUAUAGGUGGAUGGGAAGUGCUCGCCUUGAAUUUUAUCUCCUACUCCGCAUGCUGAACCUGCGACGGUACAAUGGGCGCAUCCUUUUUGUUCCAGCACCAGGAUAUGAAGAAGUUGGUGAUCCCGUGGAACAAACUACCGGUCAUGAAACAAAUGGGGUUAGCGGGGCAACUGACAAAAAUGGUGAAACGUGCGGCUAUGUCGGCCCGUCGAUCAAAGAAGCCGAUCUUAGAUGGAGAUCGCUGAACGGUCCGUUCGUUUCAGUCUGGCUCGGCAAUGUUCCUUUCGCUAGCGAAGAUGCCAUGGCAGCACCAAAAGCAGAGUUUGCGGAUGGCUACUUGGAUGCUGCUAUAAUCAAGGACUGCCCGCGGUGGGAUGUUCUGGGGCUCGUGCUCCAGAUGAAGGACGGCGCCUACGUGAACUCGCCGUGCGUGGAGUAUUUCAAGGUGAAGGCGAUCCGGAUCGAGCCGGGCCUGCGCGUGGGCAGCAGCACCAAGGGCGGUAUCAUCGACUCGGACGGGGAGGUGCUCGCGAGGGGCGACGGGUCCCACUCCCGCGCCGGCGACGAGCCGGGGCACCUGAUGGCGUACGGCCCGCCCAUCCAGCUGACGGUGGACCAGGGGCUGGCCACCAUCUUCUCCCCGAGAUGACGAUUCUUCUAUCUGUUCUCCACCGCCUGCGAGGACUUUGCUUCGUUAGCCCUGCCAUUUUCUCGAGUAGAACCAUGUGACUCUAUAUGUAAAUAUUAGUCACACGGUCACACCCCACUCCAGUGGAUGAGCGAUGAGCCAAAACACAAGAGGGACAGAUCCUUUAUCUCCGUCAAGAGAUUGUUUUCUUUUCACGGCCACAGCCCACAUGGCCGCCGCUUUUAGUGUUAGCGUGAGAAAAUGACAAGUGGGCUGUGGGCAGCUCCUAUUCUUUUUUUCACCUUGUGUGUGUUGUUGAUUGUCCCUUGACAAACAGUGGACUGUUUUCCUGCAAAAUUGGUGUUUAAUUAACCUGAAAAGCUUCCACUUGCAUCUAA